AUGUUCAAUGAAGAUUCGAAGGGCUGUGAUGAGUUUACUGCGAGGAUGAGGAAGACUCUCUUGCAGUAUGAGAUGCACGCGAGGACAUCCAACAAGCCAGGGAGUGGAGCCAAGCCCAAGCCAAUGGGGAGAAGCUGUCGGGCAGCAUUUAUUCCCAUCCUCAAAUCCAAAUGUGUGUCGAUUGAGCAGACAACGCGAGGGGCCCACCAAUACGGCCCAACCGACCGGCACAUGCUCAACGUGUACUACCCUCCCACUCCGUGUCCCAACACCCUGAUCCUCGCCUUCUCAUAUGGAGGUGGGUUCUACAUGGGCGCACGCAUGCACCCCACCCCCUUGUCCAUUAUCUACUACAACUCGGCUCCUUCUUUGCCUCCCAUGGAUUCAUCACCGUUCGUGAAGUUCCCUGGUACGGCGCAGGAUAUGCAAGAUGCAAUCCAGUGGCUUAUGGAUGACCUCCCCUUCCCUGAUUCUGGCAUCCACGUCCUCGGCCACUUGAUGGACAUGUUUACGGUCCUCGCUCCCCCAGAGUUGUUCUCCCCCACUUUGCACCCCCGUAUCGGAGAGAGGGACAUUCCCUGCCUGCAUCCCACUAUGGAGAAAUUCGGCGCGGCUUUGAGGGUGUCAUACGACGAGUUUGCCGCGAAAGGGCAUAAUCACAUCAGCUUGAUGUUCGCGCUUGGGACUGGGCAGGGCAAGGAAUGGGCAGAGGACGCAGUCAAGUGGACUCAUGCAUGCCGCGAGCUGCACUAA